AUGCCUAUAUUAAAUAAUCAGAUCAUCUACGCCAAUACGCCCUCCCCGGCUAUUGACCCUUCCUUAUCGAACGGCACCUUCAAGCUGAACACCACCACCAUUCCCGACUAUGUCCCCGAUGACAAAGUGCUGGUGCGCGUCCACUACCUUUCUCUCGACCCGGCCAUGCGACAAUGGCUCACCGCUAAGCGGUCCUACAUUGCCCCCGUUGAACGGGGCAGCAUCAUGCGCGGCCAGAGUAUCGCCCAGGUAAUCGGCGUGGGCGGCGGGCUGAAGUCCCAAUACCAGGUUGGAGACUGGGUGGUCGCAUACUCCGGCUGGCAAGAGUAUGCACUGCUGGGUCCCAAAGAGGUAGAGAAAAUCACCAUUCCGCCGGGAUGCAGGCCCACCGACGCCAUGUCAGUGUUCGGAGUGACCGGUUUGACUGCAUACUUCGGGAUGACCGAGGUUGGGCAACCCAAGGCUGGGGAGACGGUGGUCGUCUCCGGAGCGGCUGGCGCAACGGGCAUGGUUGCCGGGCAGAUUGCUAGGAUUCUAGGUGCGAAGAGAGUUGUCGGGCUGGCCGGGAGUGCGGACAAGUGUGAGUUUCUACGUACGGAGCUGGGCUUCGAUGCGGCCAUCAAUUACAAGGACAAGGACUGGAAGAAGCAGCUGAAGGAUGCCACCCCGGAGUACAUUGACGUCUUCUUCGACAAUGUCGGGGGUGAGAUCCUCGAUGCAUGUCUGGCUCGGGCCGCACGAGACUCUCGGUUUGUCAUCUGCGGUGCUAUCAGUCAGUACAACGCGGCCAAACCCCAGGGGCCGUCCAACUUCAUGACCGUCAUUUCACAACGGGUGACGGUGAAGGGCUUUAUCGUUUUCGACUACGCGAAGAAGUAUCCGGUCGCAUUGAAGGACCUUGCCACGUGGUUGACGCAGGGCAAAAUCAAACGCAAGGAGCACAUCAUCCCCGGCGGGCUGAAGUCGGCACCGCAGAGCUUGGUGAGCCUGUACCAAGGGGCCAAUACGGGCAAAAUGAUGGUCGAGGUGGCUCCGGUGAGUGAGGCGAUCGCAGCCAAGGCGAAACUAUAG